UGGAAAUGCAGGUGACUAUCAACUUUCUAGUGUAUUUUUUUCUGCAAGAAAUCGGCGGCUGAUUUUUCAGUUAGAUUUUAUUCUAUUGUAAAUAUUGCGGCUUUAUGCAAUAAGCAAUUGCGAGGUAAAGUAUCUAUUUCUAUCUGCUUACAAAAAUGUAUUAUAGAAAAAAUCUGAAUAUUAAAGCAUGGUAUUUAUUCAAGUGCAAUCCGUCACGUGAUUAUAACAGCCGAACUAAUUUCAAAGCAAUACCGCCGUGCUGAUAAUAUAAACAUGGUGUAGAUUCUGCUUUAAACAGUUUACAUAACUGUUCUAGAUAAAAUAUGGUACAUCUCUUAUAAUGCAAGGAUGCUGACAUAAUUUAUAUUUAAAAUUUGCGAUUGCUCACUGAAUAAAUGAAUCUGGCGUAAAAUGGAAACUUAUAGACUUUUCAUUUUUACUGGAUUUUUGAGUGUUUUGAUGGCGAUUAGUGCUGGAUUAACUAUAUAUUUCAUUUUGAAAGCUGAGUUUGAAAAUCAGAUAGAAGACAGAUUAAAUGGCUUGAAUAUUGGAUUAAAACAAACAUUAUCAAAUUGUACUCAGAACAUUACAAGAAGGACGUUUCAAGCCAGCACGUUUAAGGCUGAUAAGCAUUAUGUUAUUGGAAACGAAACAUUAUCAAAAUUGUCUACAACCGGAAAUGGUACACUGUGUACUGAGACGCAGCUUCAUCAAUACGUUACUCUAAUCUUGGAUGCAAGAGUAGAAUUACUCGAAAGUGCAAUUGAUAAAGAUGGAAUAAAGGGUGAACAUGGUGAGCCAGGUACUGACGGAAUUAUUGGAAGAAUGGGAGACAAGGGUUCCCAAGGCGAAACUGGGUCAAAAGGAAAACAAGGAAUACAAGGGGUAAAAGGCGAUAACGGAGAGAGAGGAAUUGUUGGUACUGCUGGAGAAAGAGGUGUAAAAGGUGAACCAGGAACCCUAGGCCCAAAAGGUGAUAAGGGAUUAGUUGGUUUACCUGGAUUACCUGGUGAGAAAGGCGAAGACGGUAUACCAGGUCUUAAUGGAAUACCCGGACUACCAGGUAGAGAUGGCCCAAAAGGGAAGAGAGGGCAAAGAGGAACGAAGGGUAGAAAAGGGGAAAAAGGCGAAAAAGGCGGAAAUUCUUCCACAUAGGUUACAAGAAAUUGCCGGUUCAAGUGUUUGAGUUGCAAGUAACACUACAAUUUAGCGAAAUUACACAAAUAGAAUACUGAGUUGUUAAAAUUGACUGUUUUGUCUCAAACAGAGGAAGAUUGUGUUUGAUAAUUACUAUGAUCAAUACAGGAGAAAAAGAAUGAAUAUGAAAUAAUAUUUGAAUAUUGUAUAAUACUUGUAAACGGAAUACCACUGAAUAAAACUUGAAUAUGGAAUAAUACGGAAUAGUACUUGAAUACGGAUUAGUAUGGAAUUACACUUGAAUAUUGAAUAACACUUGAAUAUGGAAUAAAAAUUGAUAUGGAGUAACACUUGAAUAUUGUAUAACACUUGUAAACGGAAUAACACUUGAAUACAGAAUAAUACGGAAUGACAUUUGAAUGCUGAGUAACACUUUAAUUCGGAAUAAUACUUGAAACUGAAACUUCACUUGAAUACGGAAUAACUCUUGAAUACGGAAUAACACUUGAAUACAGAAUAACACUCAAAUUGAUAAUAAAACUUGAAACGGAAUAAACUCCAGUCAAGGAUAACACUUGAAAACGGAAGAACUUGAAUUACAAAUAAUCAGAAAUCAUUGAUAUACAAAAUACAACGGUGUUCAUAACUUCUUGCAGGAAUGUAAAAAAAGUAUACGCACCUUUUUAUGGCCUCUAAAAGUGGGAAACCUAUUUAAUUUCUGCUAAAACAUUGUGAUGUUCCACGUGACGGGCUGUCAAUAGCAGUCAUAUCUGAAUAAAAUUACUCAAGUUACAUGCACUUCAAAGACAAUAUGUUAGACGAAAGUAACAUUCUUUCGUGAACACGAGAUGUCACAAUGGAAAAUGCAUAUGGUGAUAUUCGGUUGAAAAUAGUUCAAUACUGUGAAAUCAUUAAUAUUCGUGGGGGACUAAUUUUCGUGGAUUUCGUGGUUGAGUCAAUCCACGAAAUUCAAUCCCAACGAACAAGUAAAAUUACCAUUCAAUUUAUAUUCAAAAGUUGAAAUCCACGAAUUCAUAUCCCCACGAAAUCGCCGUUUUGACCAAAACCACGAAAUUUCAUGCCCACGAAAUUAAAUGAUUUUACAGUAAAUAAUGUCUGCUUGUAGUAUACUAUUACAGAAUGUUAAUUUUGCUA